AACAUGUUUCUAUGUGUUUAUGUGAAGAUUUGCAUUCUGUGUACAAGUGGACUGACUGUACAGGAGGAAAAGGAUUUAAAGCUAUUAAAUAAGCUUGUUUACGGGCUUUGUGAGCAAAUAUGCUUAGAAAAAUUCAGUCAAUAAAAUGCAUCUGAUCAUGUAUGCCAGUGUUGAGAAAGAUGGAGAGCAUUACAUGACCCCAGAAGAUUUUGUGCAGAAAUACUUAGGACUUCAUACAGAUCCACGUUACAAUCCUAAAACAGUACAGCUGUUGGCUGGAGUGGCAGAUCAAACUAAAGAUGGGUUGAUUUCCUUUCAAGAAUUUUCGGCAUUUGAAUCUGUUUUGUGUACUCCAGAUGCAAUAUUCAUUGUUGCUUUUCAGUUAUUUGACAAGAGUGGCAAUGGAGAAGUAACGUUUGCAAAUGUCAAAGAAGUGUUUGAACAAACUACUAUUCAUCAUCAAAUCCCCUUCAACUGGGACUGUGAAUUCAUUCGGCUGCAUUUUGGACAUAACAGAAAGAAGCAUCUUAACUAUACAGAGUUCACUCAGUUUCUUCAGGAGCUGCAGUCAGAACAUGCAAGACAAGCCUUUGCAUUGAAGGAUAAAAAUAAAAGUGGCAUGAUUACUGGGCUGGACUUCAGUGAUGUCAUGGUUACCCUUCACUCCCAUAUGCUGACACCAUUUGUGGAAGAAAAUUUAGUUUCAGUAGCUGGUGGAACUGUUUCACAUCAGGUCAGCUUCUCCUACUUCAAUGCAUUUAAUGCCCUUUUGAAUAACAUGGAUCUCAUUAGGAAGAUAUACAGUAAUAUAGCAGGUACAAGAAAAGAUACUGAAGUCACAAAAGAGGAAUUUACCCAGUCUGCAAUACGAUUUGGACAAGUUACACCGUUGGAAAUAGAUAUUCUUUACCAACUUACAGGUUUAUACAGCGUUACUGGGCGAUUAACUUUGGCAGAUAUUGAGAGAGUAGCACCACUAGCUGAGGGUGCAUUACCUUACAACUUGGCAGAACUCCAGAGGCAGCAAUCGUUUGCAGAGUUAAGCAGGCCUAUCUUGCUCCAGAUAGCUGAGUCAGCCUACAGGUUCACUUUGGGCUCAAUUGCUGGAGCUGUUGGUGCUACAGCAGUAUAUCCCAUAGACCUGGUGAAAACUCGUAUGCAGAAUCAGCGCUCCACUGGUUCAGUCGUAGGAGAGUUGAUGUAUAAAAACAGCUUUGACUGCUUUAAAAAGGUUUUGCGUUUUGAAGGCUUUUUUGGUCUUUACAGAGGCUUGUUACCACAGCUGAUAGGUGUUGCUCCAGAAAAGGCUAUUAAGCUAACUGUUAAUGACUUUGUCAGAGACAAAUUUACUAAGAGAGAUGGUUCCAUUCCACUCCCUGCAGAGAUCCUUGCUGGAGGCUGUGCAGGAGCUUCCCAGGUCAUCUUCACUAAUCCACUGGAAAUUGUAAAGAUUCGGCUGCAGGUAGCGGGAGAAAUUACUACAGGACCCAGAGUCAGUGCCCUCUCUGUCAUGAAAGAUUUAGGCCUUCUUGGUCUCUAUAAGGGUGCCAAAGCUUGUUUCCUCAGAGACAUUCCCUUUUCUGCAAUCUACUUUCCUGUUUAUGCUCAUAGCAAACUGAUGCUCGCUGAUGAAAAUGGCCAUGUGGGAGGGCUUAAUCUCCUUGCAGCUGGAGCCAUUGCAGGUGUACCUGCUGCUUCUUUGGUAACCCCUGCUGAUGUCAUCAAGACAAGACUGCAAGUGGCGGCUCGCGCCGGUCAGACAACAUACAGUGGAGUUAUUGACUGUUUUGGAAAGAUUCUAAGGGAAGAAGGCCCUUCGGCUUUUUGGAAGGGAGCCGCAGCUCGUGUGUUCAGAUCUUCGCCCCAGUUCGGCGUUACUUUGGUCACUUACGAACUUCUGCAGAGGUGGUUUUAUGUCGAUUUUGGAGGCCUCAAACCUUCUGGAUCAGAGCCUACACCGAAAACUCGAAUUUCGGAUCUUCCUCCUGCUAACCCUGAACACAUCGGUGGAUACAGACUUGCUACAGCUACAUUUGCCGGUAUAGAAAAUAAAUUUGGUUUGUAUCUUCCCAAGUUUCGAUCUUCUGCCACUGUCUUAGCUCAAACAAAAAGUAGCAGCUGAAUCCCAAAGAGACAUUUCAGCCUCUGGAAGUGAUGCAGUGCUAGAAAUUCACAAGAAUGUACUGUUUUUUUCCAGUCAGCUGCAUGUUUUUCUUGCUGAACUGAGAAUGCAAAUCAAAUUACUCCUUUCUAAUAUUGAUAUACACACAUUUACCUGUUUCUGAACUAGUUGCACAUAAACUGACUAAAGCUUUGGGUCUAUGCCUUGUUUUUAACAAGUGGCACGAAUGUGUAAGCCUAAGCUUUGCCUUGCACAGCUUGCAUUUAAUGUUACUGUACAUAUUGUACAUCUUUGUACAGAGACAUCAUGGCAUCUCUACACAUUUAUAUAAUGGAUAUUGCAGUUUGAAAUGUACAGAAUGUUUGGAAGGCUUUUUGUUAAGACUCACGUGACAAUAAAGUAUUUAAAACCACUUAAGUCAGUUCAUUCCUUCGUGGCUAUAGAGAAGUUGUCCAAUAUGAUUUUUCUUCUAUGCAGAUUUCAGACUAAAGGUUAAGGAUUAGAUGCAGCCCUUUAAUGAACGUACGGUGCAGUAUGUAGCCUCUACACUACUUUCUACUACUGUGUGUGAAAUAAAUAAAUGCAUAACUGUCCCUAUUAACAAAAUUCCUUCAUCUUUCACUCAGGAAGCCUCUAUAACUGUAGCAAAAUAUGACUGGAGUCCAUCUACCCGAGUGUCCAAAUGCACAAAGAUUCACAGCAGGAGGACAAAGAAUUCCAGAAUGGAGAACUUUCUGUAACAGAAACUGAAGGCAUUCACUAUAUUUCUAGGUAGUUUUUACACUGACAGAUUAAGUGACAAUAUGUUAUUUGUAUUUUGUUAUGUAAAGGAAAAAAAAAACAA